GGAAUUGGCAUCAGUCACCUUUGGUAACUACCAGCAGCCCAACCAGCUCCCAUCCGCCUCCAGCUCAGUCUUCAAACACCAACAACCAAGAUGAAAUCCUUCGUGUGCAUCGCUCUGGUCGCCUUCGCCGCCGCUGCUCUGGCUUCGCCCACCAACGUGGCUUCGGCCACCGGAUCCACCGCCACGGUGACCACCCAGGACGGAGAGCUGGAGGGAGUGACCGGACAGGGAUUCGGUGACCUGACUCGUCUCCGCAAGUCUGCCUACGGCGGCAGCUCCGGCGGCUAUGGAGGCUCCAGCAUCCAGGCUCCUCCCUGCCCCAAGAACUACCUGUUCAGCUGCCAGCCCAACCUCGCCCCCGUGCCCUGCAGCGCUCCCGCCCCCAGCUACGGAUCCGCCGGUGCCUACUCCACCCCGGUGGCCGCCUACGUCGCCCCCAACUACGGCCUGCCCCAGCACCAGCAGCAGCUCUUCAGCGCCGCCUACGUGCCCCAGACCUACGGCUACCAGUACUGAGCACCUGCUCCUUACGACUGCGAUCACCGCCCAAGGACCACGAACCGAUUGCCGAGAAACAUAAACUUUGAUGGAUUUAACAAAAAAUAUACCCAAAAAUAUGUACUGCAAUUAAAUCACUAAAAACCCUA